AUGAUUGCCAUCACCGCAGCCAACAUGAAAAAGGGGGUGCUCCUGCACAAACUCAUCGUGGCAGAGCUCGCCCUGGUCCUCGGGCACGGAACGUUCAUCUUUUUCCAUGCGCCUGCCCAGGGCUGGUAUCUUUCGGUUACGGCCGUCGGUCUCACAAUCUCGCAUUCCCUCCACAACGUGAUUGCACGGAUGAAGAUUCGCGGCUUCUUCACCCCUUGGGGCACACGACUGUAUCUGAUCACCCUGCUGGCGGCCCAGCCGUACUGGGUCGUCGAAAUUUAUGCCAACUUUGCCUUUUUCAAUCGGAACCAGGCCUUAUAUACCACCACUCGGCCACUCGAGCCGCUCUUCCGGGACCCUUGGUGGAUCUUUACCACCUGCUUUCUCCUGUACACCAUCCAGCGGGGCUAUGGGUGUUCGCUGGUGCAGCUGAUCUGCAUCAGCCCGCGGUUCGGCGUCAUGCUCCUGUUCAUGGUGAUCUCCGUCGUGUUUGCGGUGGUGGACAUGUGUGCGAUCCGGGUCGAGAAUCGCCUAGGCUACCCCCCGGGGAUGGAGCCGUUCUGA